AUGGCCAUCCAGCUCAUCGAAACUCAGCACUACAACACCCCCCCUCACGCAGAAAAAAAACUCCAAAAACUCAAAACACCCCCACCCCCCGCGAGCCGCAAACAACCCCUGAGAAGAACGCCCGUCCAUCUCGAGGUCCAGCUCGCCCCACAGCCCGCGCAAUCGCUCCUCGCCCAGAACGUCCUCUCGAAGCUCUUCGGCAGACUCACGCCCAGCUCGACAAACAACGGCCUGUACCAGCGCUUCCGCGCCAAGAAAGGCUUGCUCUCAGUCUCCGACCUGGUCUCUUGCCUGUGGUGCGAGGUGCAAGUAGAGUACGGGCUGCUCGGCAAGCGCCACCUCAAGCCCAAUCUGCGCCCCUCAUCCUUCCUCUCCUCCGCCGGCGUCCAGAUCAAUGUCAACCCCAAGCUCGUCAUCUCCCGCCAGAUCAUCCUUGACGGCGGCACCAAGGUUCAUAAUAAGCUUGAGAAAGAAGUCGCGCCCGAGAAAGUUCACGUCCAAGUGCUCUCACCCGUGGAUUCCUGGGGCCUUAAAGUUUUGAACACGAUUGUCAGCUUGAGCUUGCUCAGAUCGACGGGCAUGAUGCGCGAGAUUCCAGUGUGGGGCUUCGUCGGCGGCUUUCUGGUCCAGGGCAUCGUCGACCAAAUCGACCUCGUCCCCCGCGCUCGAUCACCCUCGGCGGCCACGCGGGAGCCCGACGAUGGGCCCGGUCCGGCAUCGGGCGACGACGGCCCGGCGGCCAAGGACUACGUGGUCCGCAUCAGUGAUUCCAAAACAACCCAAGGGGAAUCCUUACCCGCCCCGCACUACACGGAAUCUGCACGGUAUCAGCUGAUGCUGUAUAAGUAUCUGUACGACCAACACGCGAGCGGCUCCUUCGAUCUAGAGCGAUUUUCGAAGCAUUUAGGGCUGGACUUAGACGAGCGGUUCAGCGAGCCGUUCCUGAGAGACGCCCAGCCCAUCCUUGCAAGCCUCAAGGCCGACUGCACGCCCACGACGCUGCGGGAGAUCUUCGCAUUGCAUGCGGACUUGGUAAGCCGCAUCGGCGGCUCCCAUUCGACGCUCGAGAUCGUCUACCGCAGGCGCGGCACGACCCGCUCUGAGCGCGCUGUGGGCGGGAACGCGCGCAAGAAAAUCAAGGCCGGACACAACGACACGUCGCCGGGCGAGAAGCGCUCACCCACGCCCGUUCUUGCCUCGCCGAUCACCGCGUCCGCUGCGGAUGAUGGCCCGGUUUUGGCCGCCGACCCGCAACAGCCGGCGGCGGCGGAUACGGCGGGCGAGGAUGCGGCCAUCGAAGGCCCCGCGGACCCUGCGCUGAUUAUCCCCGGCUCCCCGGCCCUGGAAGCCACGCGGCGCUCGGAAGAAGACGCUCUUGCUGGUCGUCAAGACCGAGAGAGCAGCGAGAAGAGCGUGCGCGCCAGUCAUGCAGGGGAGGACGCGGAAGACCUGCGGCGCCUGGCCGCGCUCGCCCCCGCCUCCUCCUCGCUCGCCUCCCUCACCCCCAAGCCCACCACCGCCGGGCCCCAGAUCAUCGGCGCCUUCGAGUUCGUCUUCCACCCCCUCGAGCUCUUCGGCUUCGUCUCCCAUGCGCUCGCCUUCUGGAACGGCGACGCCCCGCCCGUCGGCGUCGAUAUCCGGGACCACAAUAAAUGCUCGCCGUGCGAGUUUAAGGACUCCUGUGAAUGGAGGGCUAAGCUCGCCAACCGCAUCAUCGAGGCGCUGCCCUGA